AUGGUCCUAAAGCAUGCUGUCGUGGCAUUGGCUUUUUCUUUCCUGCCACUAGCCGCUGCUUUUCGUGACCACAGUCAUUUGCAGUCGGCUUUGGCUGUGAAUCAGAGUCAGCCAAACUUGGGUCACGGCAUUCAAGCAGUCUGCACGUAUGCCGGCGGCAAUUGCCAAUUCCUGCCUGCAUUUGAUGUGGCAGCUUUCUUGACGGCAGAAGCACCGGCCGCUGCGAAAGGCGUCGGAAUGCUUGCAAAACCCGCAGUGACUGCGGUCCAAGUGGCCACAAAAGUUGCUGGAGCCGGCAAGGUUGUACCUGGAGCAGCGGCAGCUGCGGAUCUUGUGGCCAAGGGUGCAAAGGCUGCAGGAGUAGCUGGUGCUGUUGCCAAGGGCACGAAAACCCUGACGCUGGCAUCCAAGGCCGGCUUGCUUGGCAAAGUGGUUGGUGGCGCGUUGUCGCUCAGCAACCCCUUAGGGGUGGCAUGGACUGCCUUCCAAGUUGGCACCAGCGUGUACAAUCUCUACGAGCUGCAGAAGGUUUUGAGAAAUCCGCACCAGCUUUGCGAGGUUUUGUCCGAUUGGGUACCCCCGUACGACCAGACCGCUUGUCUCAAGAACCUCGGACACAUCAAGAUUCCUCAGAUGGACGCCCUGCCCUUUCCCAGUCCACCAGCCCAACUCGCAGUCGCCAAGAUUGACAAGAGGGUGGCUUUGGCAGCAGCCGCCGUCUUGAUGGCAUCUUCAGGUGGCCUGGCACUUUGGCACCGCAGUCUGCACUCGGCGGCGUACGACCAGACUAUUUGCCCAAGGGACAUGUGGCUGGAGGAUCCAACGCUGGCUGAUUGGUACUCCGAUGACGCUUCCAGCGCUGGUUCUUCCAGCACCAGCGGGUCCUUUGUGGACGAGGAGGAGGAUCUACUGGGCUUCCCAAGUGCGCCAAUGCCAAGGUGUAAUGGCCUGAGGUGGGUAUCAGUGCCGACAUCGUGCCAGGCAACUGAUGUUACAUGCCAGCACAGGAGCUGCCAGCAAGCUUGUUGUGAUGACCGGAACUGCUCCCUUUACCAGUUUGACACUGCGACGCUCGGGAAAUGCUGGCUCGGGCAAUCAUCCUUGUUCACAACACAGAGGUGUGAGCAGUGGGUGGGUAAACUUAAGGCCGAUGGACACUUUCAAGAGGACCCGAGACUCUUCGUCCAAGUGAUGGGCUUGAGGAAGCAACCGGCUGCCGCAUUGGAGGAUGCAAAGCUCAAAAGCUGUGGCAUGCGGCAAAUAAGCGACGACGCUUGUGCCGCGUUGGUUUGUGAGGACCUCUGCCAGGAGCAGUCAAGCUGCCAAUUCUAUCAGCUGCGUGUCGGUCGCCAGGAAUGCUGGCUUGGUGCUGGUGAGCUUCCCGAGGAAGGCCAGGCACUGACCUGGCAUGGCGGGUUGUUGGACGAGCAGAGCUCACAGAAAGGAUGCCCUGAUGGCUUCCUGUGCCCAGCAACCCAAACGUGCGUUGAAGACUGCACGGGCUGCAGUGGCUUCACACGGAGCGCAGACGGAAGAUGCCGGCGGACGGCUGAGGAAGGCAUUUGCGACCCAAGCGCCUGGCAAGACAAGUAUGAAAGCACGGCCCUGAAUGCCACCCAGUGCAAAGGCCUCACGCGCGUCGUGGUGAAGAUGUCGGAAGAGACUGGGUUCAACGGCCACGCAAUUUGUCAAGAAGCCUGUUGCUCGGAUCCAUCUUGUGUGCUCUACCAGGUUCGAAGCAGUGCUGCACAGCAGAUGAAGCGGAAGCCUGGUGACACGGUACAUUGCUGGUUGGGAUUGGUGGAUUCCUCCUUGAAUCCUCUUUUCAAGUGCGGUGGUGGAGGCUGGGUGGGUGAUCGAAGAUCCUGGGAGGGUGGCUUUCUUUCUUCGCGCGGCUGCGCUCCGGGUGUUGGUGCUGCCUGCCUGCUCACCGGGGAGUGUGUCCAGAGCUGUGCUUCCCAAUGCCCUGGGGCGGAUUCCUUCGACCCAGGCAGCAACGCCUGCGUUGCGAAUGGAGCCUUUGCCGAGAAGGAGGACAUUCCGGUCCUGGCCAGCGACAGCUCAUCCCAGUACUACAUCUCCACAACAGACGAAGCAGCUGCCGACACAUUGCUCAUGGUGACUCAAAACAAGCACCGCUUCAUCGACGCGGUGUCAGACAAGGUGUGCGGGACUUUGUCCAUAGGGGGCGAAGAAUGCACGGCCUUCACUGAGGAUGGCAGGACAUCAUGCCGUUGCACCUACACCACGGUUCAGACCUGCAGCACUUGGUUCAACGAUGCCUUCCAUCUACGACCUGUCAUCUCAGAAGUUGGCAUGCUUUUGCUGGCAGGUGAGGGCUGCGACUGCUUUGAUGAGCCCGACAGUGCUGGCGUCUUCACUUGCCACUUUGAGCACUUGGAGGAGGUGCCAGACGUAAAGACGAGCCCUGGUGCUGAGACGGCCUUGAAGAUCCUGUAG